CAGAGCAGCAUUGACCAACUGAGUCCCAACCAGGGACAGACAGGUUUAGCGACAUCCCCUGUCCCCGCCGCGCACCGCAGCAGGACCCGGACUCUGACAAAAGGAGGGAAAAAACUGCUCUUCUUGUUCUUAUUUGAAGCUCUGCUCCAACCAUAGAAGCGCUUUUAACAGGGAACUUUGGUCCUCUGAGCUGCGGUCACAGGAGCAUGAGAGCCCGGCGCGUGGAGAAGCACAUCCAGCCUAAACUUUACAAGUCUCUGUUUCAAUAAGAAGCUGAAAACUAAACAAUUUUUAAUGGACUAAAACCAUUUUUUAAUCAAAAUUUUAUCAGUGACUGGUAUUAAAAAGAGCAGAAAAGCAGAACAGAAGACGUGGAUGUAUUUGUAGUCAUGGAUGUAACAGUUUACCCUCCUCCUCCUCAGCCUCUGUCCGCCUCAGACCCCUCCAGGCUGGGGCAGCUCUCCUACCCUGACCCGGCUUUUGGGACCAACAAGCUGGAUGGGGACACCAUGUUCCUGGGUAUGCCAGAAGCAGGCCUCGACUUCCCCUCCACCAAUCAGUUUCGUGUGCCGCAGCCCCCACACCCGCUCAGCAAGGUGACGCCACAGAACCCGGCAUCACAGCAGUGGCGGAGGGACCCUCACAUGGCCGACGGUCAUCGUCUGCCCUGGUCGUAUUCGAUGAACGGCUUCAGUGAUGAGGAUUUCAACAUCCCACCCAUAACUCCACCAACUUUGCCAGACCACAUGCUGCCCCCUCACCUUCCCCAUGAUGCGUCCCCCAGACAAUAUCAGUCCAUGGAGCCCCCGCCCACCUCGGCUGCUAACCACCCCUACCAGCUGCAGGGCAUGGACCUGCCCGGCGUUUCUGUGGGCCAGGAUGGAGCCGCUGGGCUGAACCGCGACAGAGAGUCGUUCAGCCCGGAUGGCGGACCCAUGACCAGUACUCUCUCUGUGAUGCAGCAGAUGGUGAACUCCGAUUCUCGAUUUACCAGCAGCCAGCAGCCAAUCAAAGCAGCACUUGGACCAAGGAGCCAAUCAGGCUUGAGCCAACAGAACCAGCUGUCCACUAUCAACCAAUCUCAGCUGGGGCUAAAUGGGAACCCUGCUACCCAUAAUUCCCCUUCACCUCCUGGAAGUAAAUCCACCACGCCGUCCCCUCCCAGCUCAGCCCAUGAGGAUGACAACGAUGAUGGAGUCAGGGGAGAAAAGCGGCCUGCUGCAGUGGACAUCUCAAAGAAACCCAAAACACCAAAGAAGAAGAAGCGAAAGGAUCCCAACGAGCCAGUGAAGCCGGUGUCAGCCUACGCCUUGUUCUUCAGGGACACUCAGGCCAACAUCAAGGCUCAAAACCCCAACGCCACCUUCGGAGAGGUCUCAAAGAUCGUGGCCUCCAUGUGGGAUGGCCUGGGAGAGGAACAGAAACAGGUGUACAAGAAAAGGACAGAAACAGCCAAGAAGGAAUAUCUGAAGCAACUGGCUGCCUACAGAGCAAGUCUGGUCUCACAGAGUUAUAAUGACCCAUCGGAGAUGAAAGCCCCUCACUCUGCCUCCAACUCUUCCCCCUCUCCUACCUCAAUGUUCACACCCAAACCUUCAGUUUAUCCUGGUCACCCAGGUCAGCACUCCUCCCCCGGCUCAAUCACCCACUCUCACUCUCUCCCUCCCCACCAGCACCCAGGCAUGUACAUGCAGUACACCCACCCGUCACACCCUUCCCACUGCUCAAGCCCCGGGCUCGGCCCGCACAUACCCCCUGGUCACCACCAGAUCCAUCCCCAGCUGCAGGCUCUGUCCUCCAGGGGGACAGUGCCACGGGCCAGCGUCCCCCAUCAGGGAGCCCUGUCCCUCAGCAAUGUGGCAGCGGCGUCCACCCCUCCUCUCCAGGUCAGCCCUCCUCUUCACAGUCAGGCGCAUCUGGGAGGGCUGCACAGCCCGCACCACCAGCACCAGCAUCUCAGCGGGCAUUCUCUGGGAAUGACACACUCCCCUGCCAUCACACAGGUCAGACAUGCUAAAUAUUUCAUUUUAAAGCUUUGUUAAAACAACACAGUUUUU